AUGAUCGUGAAAAGCCGAACAGCCGAGACUCAUCCUUCCGACUUGGCUGAAACAUUCAACACCCUGCGAAGGUUCGGCCUGCGCCUCAACCCUGCUAAGUGCGCCUUCGGCGUGACCUCGGGAAAAUUCCUCGGAUUCAUCAUACACGAGAGAGGGAUUGACGCCAACUCGGAAAAGGUCCAGGCUAUCAUUGACAUGCAGCCCCCACGGACGAUCAGAGACCUACAACGCCUUAACGGGAGGUUAGUCGCCCUAUCACGCUUCCUUUCCCGAUCGGGAGACCGCUGCCUCCCCUUCUUCAAGGCCUUGAAGGAUCCAAAAAACUUCCAAUGGAUGGCGGAAUGUGAAAGGGCCCUCGAGCAGAUGAAGCAACACCUGGCCAACCUCCCCCGACUCGUGUUAGUCUCCCCGGGGGAGAAAUUAAGCCUCUACCUCGCCGCCUCUCAGCACGCGGUCAGCUCGGUUCUGGUCAGGGAAAACUUCGGCGACCAACUGCCGGUCUACUAUGUCUGCCACAUGCUAAGCAGACCAGAGGGACGCUACCCGCCAAUCGAAAAGCUGGCACUGGCGCUCGUCCUGUCAGUGCGAAAGCUCCGCCCUUAUUUCCAGGCCCACCCGAUAGAGGUAAUAACCGACCGACCGCUUCGGCUUGUUUUGUCUAAAUUCGACGUUGCAGGGCGUCUCCUCAAAUGGGCAGUGGAGCUAGGCGAACAUGAUAUACGGUACAUACCUCGGACCGCCAUUAAAGCCCAGUCCGUAGCAGACUUUAUCGCGGAGCUAACCCCGAGCACGGGCGAAGAACUCGAGCCACCGCGUGAGACGUGGACCCUCCACGUAGACGGGUCGGCCAACACGAAGGGCGCCGGCGCAGGGCUGGUGCUAGUGACACCUGACGGCCGCUCGAUUGAGCGUUCCUUCCGCUUCGGAUUCAGGGCCACCAAUAACGAAGCAGAAUACGAAGCCCUCUUGGCGGGACUACAAUUGGCGCUGGAAAUGCGCGUGACCGACAUACGCGUCGUCACCGACUCACAGCUGGUGGCUAGGCAGCUUGACGGCGGAUACGAAGCCCGAGACCCCACAAUGGCGAAAUAUCUGGCACGGGUAAGAAACCUUGCCACCAAGUUCGCCCAUUUUGAAUUGUUGAAUGUUCCCAGGAGCGAAAACCAGCGAGCCGACACUCUGGCAAAACUGGCAUCCGGUUCGACCCCCCGUGCUCGGCCCGGGACCGAAGAGCUCCCUCACCGAGCCAUAGAGAUCGUCACUAUGGUCACGGACGGCGGGCCGACCACUUGGGUACAGGAGAUGCUACGCUUCAAGCGGGACGGGACCCUACCCAAUGAUGAAACAGCGGCUCGACGCUUGCGUCGGACGCAGGCAUGGUACUAUGAAGAAGGAGGACGGCUAUACAAGCGGUCCUUCUCGCGCCCCUUGUUACGCUGCCUAGAGCCAAACGAAGCUCGGACAGUUCUGUCCGACAUGCAUAAAGGGGCCUGCGGGGAACACAUAGGCGAACGAGCCCUGGCGCACAAGAUGCUCCGACAGGGAUACUACUGGCCGACCAUGCGCCAGGACGCGAAAGCUUUCGUUCGGCGAUGCCGCUCAUGCCAGGAGCACGCCCGCACCGCCCAACGGCCGGCGGUCCUGUGGAUCGAAGCCGAGCCCCUAGCCACCAUUACGGAGUCACAAGUAGAAAGGUUCGUGUGGAGAAACCUCAUAACUCGGUUUGGCUUGCCCCAGUCCAUCGUCACCGACAAUGGACCUCAAUUCGCCGGCAGGAGGUUCCAAGAGUUUUGCGCCGAGCACAAAAUUCAGCUAAGAUUCAGCUCGGUGGCUUACCCCCAGGCGAACGGGCUAGCUGAAGUAACCAACCGGUCUAUCGUCGACGGUCUCAAGAAGAGGGUGUCCGCUGCCCGAUCAGCUUGGAUCGACGAACUCCCGAGCGUCCUGUGGGCACUGCGCACUACCCCCAAGACCCCGACCGGGGAGUCUCCCUACAGCCUCACGUUCGGGACCGAGGCCGUAUUACCAUCCGAAGUAGUCGUCCCAACUCCGCGGACAGCAGGCUACAGCGAAGAGGCCUCGGGUGAAGGACUCCGAUCCAACCUAGAUCUGCUCGAGGAAAGACGGGCCAGCGCACACCAGAAAGCUCUUUCUUACAAAAGAGCCGUAGCAAGGGUCUACAACCGGAGGGUGCGACCCCGGUCGAUAACGAUUGAGGACCUGGUCCUGCGCAAAAUCGAGAACCUUAGAAAAUACUUCAUCUGA